GAUGGAGAGGAGCUGCUCCCCUGCCACUGGCAGCUACCUCGACAGUUCUCGGGAGCUUUCUGCCCUUGUCUCUCCAUAGGUGGUCUGCUCUCUCAAGGAGUUCAAUGAGUACAGGCAGUAUUUGACCACGCUCAAGCUGGAAGCGGAGAAAAUCAAGAGGCAAGAAGAGGAAAAGCUUCAGCAACAGCUCGCCAAGUUAAAGAAACUUGACGCAAGACUGAUGGCGGGGAGCGACCGUUCUCGCCAGAGCUCCUCCAGUAAUGUGUACUUGGUCACGAAAGGGAAAGCCAGCCUACUGCAGCCUCAAAAACCAGCUGGCCCACCUUCACACAAAAGCAGAAGAAACUUUCCCCAAUCUGGCCAGUACAGAAGGCUGAAAGUGACUCCCUCCAGCGUUGAGUUGGGCAGGGAAGAUGCCAAGCUCCCUGAGAGCAUCCGUGCUGUUACUGAGUCCGAGAGAGAGUCACCCGUCCCCGCAGACGGUGUAUUCAAAGCUGCCUCGGAAGAACAGGCUGCUAGAGAAAGCCAGAGGAUUGAAGAGGUGGCUCGGGCAGUGGUGCGGCAAGUGUUUGAGAGGGUGCAGGCACUGGACCAGUCUGUCUGCGUCUUGAAGAGGUCUCCCCAUGGGAUCCAAGAAAGACCGUGUGCAAGUGCCGAAAGCGAGAUGCCUUCAGAGGCAUCUCCUCUUGACAAAGAGCAGCAAAUUGCACUGCUGUCUAAGAAGGUUGUGGCGAGCGUGAUGAAGGCCGUUGAGAAGUUCUGGGAAUCCGGCACGCCCAGUGCAUCUGAGCCAAGGCCAGAAGCCAGCCAGAAGGAGCAGCCCUUGGCCAGGAGAGCGUCCCACGUGGGGAAGCCAGAAGAAAAGAAACCAAGGGAAGCCCUUGAGGGAGCAUUCUCACAGGCUUCCCUUGACAAGGUCACCAAAGAAGCUGUUGGAAGUGUCUGCGACACUUUGGAAUCCUUCGUGGCUUCCCGGGUUGAGCAAGACUUCAACUGCAAGUAUUCUGAAAUCGUGGCGCUUCCCACUGUUGAUGCCUCCAACAGGCAGCCACAGCCAUCCCAGGGGCCUCUCUCACGGGAGGGCAUGAGGGAAGGGCAGGGACUACAAACAGCAUCAGAAGAGCAGAGCCCAGAAGCAAGGCCGGGAGAAACGUUGCCCAUGAUCCCACCAGUGCCAGACACUGAUGAGGUCUCACGCCUGAGUUGCAGGAGUGUGAGGGAGAGCAUCCAAAAGGCUGCCUCCGAAGUUCAGCGUCUGCACACAGAACUGCAGGCCUAUGCCAGAACCAUUGUCCUUAAUGUGAUUGAAGAAGUGAAGGACAAGAUGGAGAGGGAAAUGAAAGCAAAGGCCUUAGACGCCGUUUCAAGCAGCAAAACUGUGGCAAGCGGGAUGACGCGCUGCUUAUCGGAGCAGAGCUCUCAGUCUGUGACUGCACGGAAGCUGGAGAAGAACUUGGGAAGGCGUGUCAGCAAACAGUCUGUGCCAAGCAAUGGGAAGGAGAGCCGUCCCUCGGAGCACCUCCGAAGAGGCUCUGAGCAAGGUGCUCCCAUGGCAGGCUCUUCUGCCCCCACAGGGGAAUCCCAGACCCAGCUGAGGUCCAAGAGCACCACAGGCACCAUCCCUCCCACGGGCCCACAGUUUCUCAGGCAGCCGGCUCCUCCAUCUGUUCCGAAGCAGCCUGCCCAGAGCGGAGCACGGAGGAUACGCGAAAAGCUUCAGCAACAGCUCGCCAAGUUAACGAAACUUGACGCAAGACUGAUGGCGGGGAGUGACCGUUCUCGCCAGAGCUCCUCCAAUAACGUGUACUUGGUCACGAAAGAGAAAGCCAGCCUACCGCAGCCUCAAAAACCAGCUGGCCCACCUUCCCACAAAAGCAGAAGAAACUUUCUCCACUCUGGCCAGUACAGAAGGCUGAAAGUGACUCCCUCCAGCGUUGAGUUGGGCAGGGAAAAUGCCAAGCUCCCUGGCAGCAUCCAUCCUGUGAGCGAGUCCGAGAGGAAGACACCCAUCCCCGCAGACGGUGUAUUCAAAGCUGCCUCAGAAGAUCAGGUGGCUAGAGAAAGCUAG